CUAAUUCUUCAUUUCUAUAUUUAAACACAACACAAUAUUCGUGUGCGAUAACUGGCAUUUCUCCAACCCCAACCCAAACCAACCCAACCCUCCUAUCAAUCCAAACUACUUCCUAAAGAAGAAAGCUCCUCCCUCAAUUCUCAAUUACUGUCGGAAAAUAUAUAUACAAAUAAUGUAAUCCUCUCUGCUUUCCGCACCUCUAUACAAUUUCGGCACAAAUAUUCAACAACAUACUACUAAAACUAGUCAAAUUUCUCCAAAUUUUUUUUGAAAAUUUGGCAAAAUCUUGAUAGUAAUAAUGAAGUCAAGAUUCCAAGUGAAGGAGGAGUUUGGGUCAUCUGAUCCACAGCCGAUGGAGGGGCUGCAUGAAGCCGGGCCGCCGCCGUUUCUGACCAAGACCUUCGACAUGGUUGACGAUUCCUCCACGGCAAACAUCGUUUCUUGGAGCAGAGGCGGCCACAGCUUUGUUGUUUGGGAUCCUAACGCAUUCGCAUCUUUGCUCUUGCCUGCCUACUUCAAGCACAACAAUUUCUCUAGCUUCGUCAGACAGCUCAACACAUAUGGGUUCAAGAAGAUCGAUUCCGAGAAAUGGGAGUUCGCAAAUGAGGAGUUUUUGAGGGGGCAAAGGCAUCUUUUGAAGAACAUUAGGAGGAAAAAGGCAGAGGCGGUGGAGCUCGGGCAAGACGGCGAGGCUGAGCGGUUGAGGCGAGACAAGCAGGUGCUGACGAUGGAGCUGGUGAAGCUGAGGCAGCAGCAGCAGAGCAACAGGUUGUAUAUUCAACAGAUGGAGCAGAGAUUGCAAGGAACAGAGAAGAAGCAGCAGCAGAUGAUGAGAUUCCUGUCCAAGGCAAUGCAGAAUCCUGAUUUUAUGAAUCAGUUGGUGCAGCAGCAGAAGGACAAGUGGAAGGAUCCUGACCAGGAUGUCUCCAAUAAGCGGUCGAGGCUUAUUGAGGACAAUGCUGGGAUAGGGACGAGUCGAAGUGACAAAGGGCUGAACAACAAUGUUAAGGUUGAGGCUGAUGAUUUUGGUGGAUUUGAGAUGUCCGAGCUCGAGACACUUGCCCUGCAAAUGCAGCAUUUGGGGAAGGCGAAACUGGCGAGCGAUGGCGAGGGUUCGAAUUUCGAGAAGCUCGCGAGUUACGAUAGGGAGCUGGACGAGGGAUUUUGGGUGGAUUUGCUUAAUCAGGGAUUUGAUGAGGAUGAAGAUGGAUGAGAUGUAAUUGUAGUGCUGUGUUGUGGCUCAUUAGGUAUAAAAUUUUUGAAGGAAAUUCUGUAGUGAUUAUGGUUAGUUAUUGAUAGAAAUCCAUGGGUUCCAUCCUAAAACCAAUUGGUGAUAGGAGGAGGGCCCAUGGGACUUAUAUACUAGUUUCAGUUUUUCUAA